UCUUGUGUUUUUUCACCAGUCUGUUGCGUAGGACAAUAUUAAUUUAAUUGAUCAUCUGUUUUACUGGAAUAAUUAACCUUGCUUUUCUGGAAAACGAAAAUUGGCCAAGUUGCUGUGCAGAUAUUUUUCUAGUAGAUACGCUUCACAACAGAAUGAAUUUCUGAAAAAGGCGAAUGCACUUAGGAUGGUUGAGCGCUGAGAAUGGAAAUUGCAUCUAAUCUUUUUUGCUUGUUCAAAUCAGAAAUUAAAUAUACACAACUAUCCUGUAAAGAAUUCACAAAUUGAAUACAUUAACUACUUUAAAGUAAUGUUGAAGGUUUGUAGCAGAGGGAAAUAUGGGAUAAGUUGGCUAUAUAUGACUUUUGGCCUCAACAAAUGGACGCCAAUUCCCAAUGUCAACACUUAAUCAAAGUAUAGUUUAUGAUGAUAAUGAAAUUAAUGAUUCAACAUGUAUCAUUAAUUUCAAAGUUCAAACAAUACAAAAACAAUUCUUAAGUGUCAUUUGUUUAAGGAAUUUAACCUAAUUCAUAUAAUCAACUUGUGAGGACUUAUGUGUGUAGAAUAGAUGAGAGCUAGAUACAUUUUUUAUAACUGAUAAGAAGCCUCCUUUUGACAUGAAAUAGUUGACAAAUAUUGCUCCUUGCACUCAUAUAAAUGGGAACUGUCCCCUUUUUUCUUUCCAAUGCAGACAUACUUUAGAUCUCGUUUGGCUCUUUUGUCUUUCACUGUUAUGGUCAUCAAUUAGCUUCGUUGAUCAACACUGACUUUUAAGGUUAUAAACUAUUCUUUAGACAGAAUGAGUCACCGUGUCACUGAUGAGCUUGGCUACAAGGAGAUGGAUAUUGUUAGCGUUUCUUCAUCGCAUCUUAAUUCAGAGAAUUUGCCAUACGUUCACAAGGUGGGAGUACCUCCUAAGCAAAACCUGCUGAAAGAAAUUGCAGGCACUGUGAAGGAAACUUUCUUUGCAGAUGAUCCUUUACGCCAUUUUAAGGACCAACCAAGGUCUAGAAAGUUUGUACUAGGCUUCCAAGCGGUUUUUCCUAUUUUUGAAUGGGGAAGGCACUAUAGUCUUUCUAAAUUCAAAGGAGACUUGAUUGCUGGACUUACUAUUGCAAGUCUUUGCAUUCCACAGGAUAUUGGGUAUGCAAAGCUUGCCAAUCUGGAACCCCAAUAUGGGUUAUAUAGUAGCUUCGUUCCACCUCUUGUUUAUGCAUUCAUGGGAAGCUCGCGGGAUAUUGCUAUUGGACCAGUAGCUGUGGUGUCUCUCUUGCUUGGCAGUCUCCUGCAGAACGAGAUUGACUCAUCUAAUAAUCCAGUUGACUACCGACGCCUUGCAUUCACUGCUACAUUCUUUGCUGGCAUCACUCAGGUCACACUUGGACUUUUCAGGUUGGGGUUCUUGAUAGACUUCCUAUCCCAUGCUGCCAUAGUUGGCUUUAUGGCUGGUGCUGCUAUCACCAUUGCCCUUCAACAACUUAAAGGUCUACUUGGAAUAAAAAAGUUCACAAAGAAUACUGAUAUUGUCUCUGUCAUGCGCUCAGUGUGGAGUUCAGUACAUCAUGAUUGGAAUUGGCAAACUAUACUAAUAGGAGUGUCCUUCCUGACCUUCCUCUUGGUUGCAAAAUACAUUGGAAAAAAGAAGAAGAAACUAUUCUGGGUGCCAGCAAUUGCUCCAUUGAUCUCUGUUGUCCUCUCCACCUUUUUUGUGUACAUCACACGUGCUGACAAACAUGGUGUUCAGAUUGUAAAACAUAUCAGAAAGGGCAUCAACCCACCGUCUGUGGAUGAAAUAUUUUUCUCUGGAGAAUAUCUUGCCAAAGGUUUCAGGAUAGGGGUAGUAGCGGGUAUUAUAGCAUUGACGGAAGCUGUAGCAAUUGGAAGAACAUUUGCUUCCAUGAAGGACUACCACUUGGAUGGAAACAAAGAAAUGGUAGCAUUAGGAACAAUGAAUAUUGUUGGUUCGAUGACAUCUUGUUAUGUGGCUACAGGGUCUUUCUCUCGCUCAGCAGUAAAUUACAUGGCCGGAUGCCAUACAGCUGUGUCUAAUAUAGUAAUGUCCUGUGUUGUGCUACUAACUCUGGAACUCAUCACUCCUCUGUUCAAGUACACUCCAAAUGCAAUACUUGCUUCUAUUAUUAUAUCGGCUGUGAUUGCCUUAAUCGACAUUGAAGCAGUAACUCUAAUAUGGAAGAUCGAUAAAUUUGAUUUUGUUGCCUGUAUGGGAGCCUUCUUUGGGGUAGUUUUCUCUUCUGUUGAGAUAGGCCUUCUAAUUGCGGUUUCAAUAUCGUUUGCGAAAAUCCUCUUACAAGUUACAAGACCUCGCACAGCAAUUCUUGGAAACCUUCCAAGGACUACUGUUUACAGGAACAUCCUCCAAUAUCCAGAUGCAACAAAAGUUCCUGGCAUCCUCAUUGUUAGAGUUGAUUCUGCAAUUUACUUUUCCAACUCCAACUAUGUAAAAGAAAGGAUUUUGAGAUGGCUGGCUGACGAAGAAGAACAACUGAAAGAAAAUUCCCAACCCAGAAUUCAGUAUUUGAUUGUUGAAAUGUCACCUGUGACUGACAUUGACACUAGUGGCAUCCAUGCGCUGGAAGAGUUGUUCAGAAGUCUUGAGAAGAGGGAUGUUAAGCUUGUUUUAGCAAAUCCAGGGCCAGUUGUGGUUGACAAGCUCCAUGCCUCAAAGUUUCCUGAGAUGAUAGGGGAGGAUAGGAUCUUCCUCACUGUGGCAGAUGCAGUGCUAACAUGUUCUCCAAAGAUGGAAUUAGAACCAUAAAAGUAAUGUGUUCAUGUACUUGUUAAACUAAUUCAAAGUUGGUGAUAUUCAAUAUGGCUCGAUAACAAAGCUUACAUGAACCAAGGUUUGAAGGAGCUCAUAUGAAAAAGGGAAAUAAGCUUGGGGGUGAACAGUGAACAGGUGGGGUGAUUCAGCAAGUUUGCUGAAGUGUAAAUUUCUUUAUCAUUAUCCAGUUUUCCUUCAUGGA